AUGGCAAGGACGAUUUGGGUGCAACAGCUGUCUGGGAAAGCCGACACGUUUCCAUUGUCGACCGACAUGACUGUCCGCGAGUUCAAAAGGAAGCUGCACGGAUGGCUACCCUGCGAAGAUGAGUCGAAGCGCAACAUGAGCUCCGUUGGGGUGGUGGUAGGAGACAGGCCUCUUUUGAACAACCAGGAGAUGCUGUCAAAAGCAACUGCAGGUGCAGAAGUCUUGGCUUUCCUCAGCAUUCUGCCAGUCACAUGCUCCAGCUCCCGUGCUGCCGGCUGCGAGCUCGAAGAUUUGCGUGAAGUGAAGAUUUCAGAGGGAGAAGAUCGGGUUAGAUCGUAUGCGUUCCACCGCUGUAGCUCGCUGGCAAGUGUGACCAUCCCCGACUCCGUGACUCACAUUGGGUAUAGUGCCUUCUUAGGCUGCAGCUUGUUGGCAAGCGUGAUUAUCCCCGACUCCGUCACCCAGAUUGAGAAAAGUGCCUUCCGAGAUUGCAGCUCAUUGGCGAGCGUCAAGAUCCCCGGCUCCGUCACUUGCAUUGGAGGAAGUGCCUUUGAAGGAUGUAGUUCUUUGGCAAGCGUGAACAUCCCCGACUCCGUCACCCAGAUCGAAAAAAGAGCCUUCCAAGGUUGCAGCUCAUUGGCCAGCGUCAACAUCCCCGACUCCGUCACUUGCAUUGGAGAAAGUGGCUUUAAAGACUGCACCUCGCUAACAAGUGUGACUAUCCCCAGCUCCGUCACUUGGAUUGGAGUAAGUGCCUUUGAAAACUGCAGCUCACUGGCAAGCGUGAACAUUCCCGACUCCGUCACUCGGAUUGUAAGAAGUUCCUUCCGAGGUUGCAGCUCACUAACAAGUGUGACUAUCCCCAGCUCCGUCACUUGGAUUGGAGAAAGUGCCUUUGAAAACUGCAGCUCACUGGCAAGCGUGAACAUCCCUGACUCCGUCACUCGGAUUGUAAAGAGUUCCUUCCGAGAUUGCAGCUCAUUGGCCAGCCUCAACAUCCCCGGCUCCGUGAUUUGGAUUGAAAACUGCGACUGGCUGGUGUGCCCAUCCCCGACUUCGUGA